AUGUCUCAUAAUAGACGAGCUUGUGUUUCUCAUCAAAAAAAUUUAGAUAUUUUUCAUAAUAUCAAGAAACACACGCCGGUAUCGAAUAAUAACAUUAUCAACAACAAACGGUUCCAUGCAACCCUUAUUCAUAAACAAUGGCAACGUCGUGUCAAAAAACACAUUUAUUCAAAUCGUCUUGGAAUUUCCUACGAUGUUUCAUACUUAGCUAAUGGACAUAAAUUUCUUUCCACAUACAACAACCGUCGUAUAUCUGUUUUCUACAAUCGUGGUAACAACCAAAAAUCUUAUAGACGCGUGAAUACUCUUGACAGAAAGCUUCACCGUGCUAGACAACACCGUUUCCUAUUUUUACCUUCACAAUAUAUUAAUAAACCUAUACAACAUUUAAAAUAUCACAAAAGACUAGUGCUCAGAGAUGAGGAACAUUACAAUUUUCCUAUACCCCCUGCAUCACCCAGACCUCUAGGCGCAAUAGCCGUUAUGAACCGCACUUUUGACCAAGCGCUUCGAUCAUGUCCAGGGAAUAAUUCAAUUAGUACUUCAAAUACUCACUCACCUGCCACCACCUCACAACCCAUUCUCCUCAAAGAAGAGAAAACGUGGCAUGAGACGUUGGGCAUCUGGAUUCCUAACGACCUCUUCCCUUAUGUAACUGAUGAACCUGUUUAUACUUCCAAUAGACAGGCUAAAAUUAAAGGUCAACAAUACGAACCAGGAUGUAUAUACUGGUUAAAUGGUAUUAGAAAACGCAAAAAAGCUCAUGAACUAGCUGUGCGACUACAAAAAGAACAUGAAGCAAGGGAAGUUAAACGUCUUGCUUAUGAAGAAGAACUUUCUACUAGAGCUAAGCUCUGGGGUACCUCCUCCAACCGUAUAGAAUAUCGUGAAGAUAUGACCAAAGAUCUCACUAAAUUUCAAGAUCAUUUUCACAAGAAAAUCACCCCUUUAACUGACCGCCGUUCCGUUCUACAGAACAGAAUUACACAAGGAAAAAAUGUUUACAAAACUAACAAACAGUUGCUCCAACUGGAGCGCGAAUUAGGUUUUUUCAAUAUCGACUAUUUCUCAGUCAUGGAUGACAAUGCACCCCAUUACCGUUACAAAGGACACACAUCAGAUGAUACGAAACAACUUGAACUCAGACCACACAAACGUCCCCCUAUCCCAAUUACAAAUACAGAUAGGCACAACACUGAGGUCAAAAAAUUGAGACUAGAUAUUCCGUCUCCUGAAGACUCUAAAGUCUUCGCUUCACCUUAACCCCAUUCGGUUACCACUAUCAGCUUAUUUUCUUAUUUUAGUGGCACGCUGAUAGUUAUAGAUUUACAUUAUUUCAGCCACAUUUUUACUAUUGACUUGUAAUUUAUUACAUCUUUUUUUUUGGGUAACCCCCACGUACAAAAUUUUAUACCAACGUACAACAAUUAGAAUAGUGUGAACCAUUCCACCUAUUACAGUAUUUACAGGUGGCGGCCUUUAAUGGCCGAAAGAAAAAUACAGAUCGUUUCUUUUUUUAGAUUUGAUUGUCUUUGGUUUUUUUCGGGAUUGGUGUCGUAAUUGGGACCCACCCUUGUUUCGUUUUAUAUACCAGAGU